AUGCUCGAUGGCCGUGGGGCUGCUAGAAAGCCCGUUGGUGUGGUCACUGUUGGCGAGUGGACAUGUGAUUUACAAAAAAAGUUGGUAGACUUUCGGCCUGUCCGACCAGCGGAGAGACACCGAAGAGUCUUGGCCUACCUGGACUGUCAGCCGAGAACGCAUAGUCGCCGAGGUACUCGACUUUGUCUGAAAGAGAAAAAAAAAUGGGUAAGGCAUGCUGAAGUUGGACAUUUUACAGGCCCUCGCUCGGCUUUAACGCCGAUUAGUCUAACAACCAAGAGGCAGACGACCUUUCUUGCAUGUUUCCGGCAUGACUACGCCUGA